GGCAACAAGUGGAACAGACAUUUGGAGUCGCUCCUGCCUCAGGAUGGCUCACGGCUGCUGGAGACCCGCCCUGGCCCUGGUCCUGGUGCUGCUCGGCACGUACGCCCAAGCUCCGUCGUCCCGCCACAUGGAUGACUUCAUCGAGGCGGUGAGGCGGGUGGAGGCCGGCGCUCUUGGGUCAGGCCCGCUGGCCGUGUUGAGGAGGCUGCGCGGCGCCGCCGGCCUCGACGACGCGUUCGUCCGCCACUUCCUCGGCAACGUCUCCGACGUUCCCCGAUUGGACGCGAGCCUCUCGGGUUACCUCCGCGCGGCCGUGCGUCACAGGGUGACCGAGGACGGCAGAGAGGAAGGCGUCGCCCUGACGCCCGACGGCACCACCGUCGCCCUGGCGCCGCUCCUCCUCGGCAUCGAGGCCGGUUUCCUCGCCCGGGCGGCGGGCCGCGCGCGGGGCCUGUACCAGCUCACUCUGGCCAGAGCCCCGGACGGCGCCGCUCUCCUGGGACCGGACGGCUGCUGGGACAGCGUCGCCUCCCCUCGGGUCUUCACCCUCCUCGGCGGGCCCUCCGCCGCGCUCACCGCCGCUCGGGUGAACGGCGGCGUGGACGGCGUGGUCCUCGGGACGGAGGUCUCCGCCGAAGGCCGGCGGCCCCUCCUGCUCAGCGGCCUGCUGGCGGAGUACUACGCCCGCCGGCCGGAGAGCGCGGGAGCGGACGCCGCCCCGCGCCUCCUCGGCCGGCGCCGCAGGGAGAACUUCGGGGGGCUGGUCGCCCCGCCGGCGCUCGCCAGGCAGGUGGUGAAAGCGGCGGCGCUGCGGCGGAGGCUGACGGGGCGCUCCAAGAUGGCGGCGGAGGAGAAGAAGCAGCUGGCGGCUUCGGCGACCGAGGCGAUGAAGGAGUUCGUCCGUCAGUACGUCGAUUGCCCGCCCAUCAUCCCUCGCUGCAUGUGGGGCGCUCGGCCGUACCGAGGGACCCCCACCAACCUGACCCUCCCCCUCUCCUUCAUGUUCAUCCACCACACCUCCACGCCGGGCGACCCGUGCCUGACCUUCGAGCGCUGCGCCGCCGACAUGCGCUCCAUGCAGCGCUUCCACCAGGAGGACCGAGGCUGGGACGACAUCGGCUACAGCUUCGUCGCCGGCUCCGACGGGUACAUCUACGAGGGCCGGGGCUGGCUCUGGCAAGGGGCCCACACCCUGGGGCACAACUCCGUGGGCUACGGGGUUUCCUUCAUCGGCGACUACGGCGCCGCGGUUCCCUCCCAGCAUUCCAUGGGGCUGGUGAGGGAUCGGCUGGCGUCCUGCGCCGUCGGCGGCGGGCGACUGGUCUCCGACUUCGUGCUGCAGGGCCACAGGCAGGUGGUGAGCACUUCCUGUCCCGGCGACGCGCUCUACGAGGAGAUCAGAGGCUGGGAACACUACGGGGAAGUCAAGAAAGGAAAAUGAUCCGCUUGGCAAGAGGGAGCUCGAGUGAACCAAAAACUCAAACCCAAUAAAUAUUUGUUUUAUUCUGA